AUGGAGAUUUCUUCCCACCAGUCUCACCUCCUGGAGCAGCUGAACGAGCAGCGGAAGCAGGACUUGUUCUGUGACUGCAACAUCCUGGUGGAGGGCAAGGUCUUCAAAGCCCAUCGCAAUGUGCUGUUUGCCAGCAGCGGCUACUUCAAAAUGCUCCUUUCACAGAGCUCGAAGGAGACGAGCCAGCCGACAAUAGCCACGUUUGAGGUCUUCUCUCCGGAGACGUUCAUGGUCAUCCUGGACUUUGUGUAUUCAGGGAUAUUGUCUUUAACGGGUCAGAAUGUGAUCGAAGUCAUGUCAGCUGCCAGCUAUCUGCAGAUGACAGAUAUCCUUAAUGUCUGCAAGACCUUCAUUAAGUCCUCAUUGGAUAUUAAUGAAAAGGAAAAGGAUCAUUACCUCAGCCUCUCGGCCAAAAGUGCGAGCACUGAACCCACCCCUGCCCGCCCGGCUCUUUAUCGCUCCAGAAGGAAAGCAAAGAGCAACCCCCGGCGUUCCUACUCCAUCCCGGAUGAAAAACCCAACGGGAAUGAAAACUCCUGGAGCAGUUACAGCAGCUACCUGUCCUCACAGGUGAUCCUGCAGCGGGCAGAGACCCAGCUGUCCAAAAGAGGCAGGAAGCAGAGCUCCACGAGGAAGCGCCGCAAGCACCUGGGGCUGUCGCAGAGCCGGGAGCUGGGAGGGUGCAAAUCGGACAGAGCCGAGCGAGCCGGAGCCUCGGAUCCCGCCCACAUCUCCCAGGGCAGCGGAGAGGAGGCCGAGUUUGAUGCCGAGAACGACGUGGAGCAGGAUGACUUUGGAUAUCAUCCCGGGGCAGAGGCCGGAGCCAAGAGGUGGUCGGUUGCUCAGCUAGAACAAGAACUUUCCAGAACUCCUGAGUUCAUGGAGUUAAAGGCAGAAGAACUGUACACCUCAAUGCCCACAAUUUUAGGGGUCAUGAGUAGCUGGAAUGAAGGUGACCUGCCCCGGAUGCGUUUCAAGUGCCCGUUCUGCACGCACACGGUGAAGCGCCGGGCGGACCUGAAGCGCCACCUGCGGUGUCACACCGGGGAGCGGCCCUACCCCUGCGAGGCCUGCGGGAAGAGGUUCACCCGCCUGGAGCACCUCCGCAACCACUUCCAAACGAUCCACCAGGCUGGCAAGCUGAUCUGCAGGAAGUGCAAGCAGCACGUGACGGAGCUGACGGGCUGCGUGGUGCAGCAGGGGACGCGGCGCUACAGACUGUGCCACAAGUGCUUGGCAGAGGCCAACUUCGACAGCAUCCCCGAGGAUUUCAGUGCAGCUGAACAUUCUCCUGUCUCCUCCACGGGAAACAAACGGCCCAAAUGGGAUUUGGAGGAGGAGCAGAAAUCAGAUGAAGAGACAGGGGAGGAGGAGCCCUAUAAUUUGGUUGUCCGACACAACAGUGAUGAUAUUCCGGAUGAGGUAAAGGAAAAGGUGAAGCCAAAUCUGAGGUAGAUCUUGGUGGAUUUGUUCUUGUUGUGGUCAAGGUGAAAUGACUGGUGUCCCACCAACUAAUGUUGGUAUACUACUUUUAGGAAGUAUUGUUAAAAUUCUGUUCUGAGAAGCAACAUUUGGACUGAAACAAGCUGUUUUGCAGACGUGGAACGGUGUAAUUGCUUCUAAAUGUCAUCCAGAAAGUACUGAGGAUCAGAAAACAGCCUGAGUUGAAAGGGACCCACAAGGAACACUCAAGUCCAGCUGCUCACUUAUUAUCUGGAAAUUAUUUAGAAGAAUUGUUUUAUAUUUCAUCAAAGACUUGCUCAGAGUUCCUGCUCGUCGUGGAAGUGUGAAGCAGUUUACAGUUCUACAAAGGUUCUGUAGGAUACAGAUUUUUAAAAACCAAAUAUUGCUAAUUUGCUUUGGAAAAACUCUUCCUGAGGUGAGCAGCUGAGAAAUGUUAAACCACUCUUUUUUUUUUUUUUUUUUUUUUUUUUGCUGAUAUUGUAAUUAAUUUGUACAUAACACAUCAGAAACUUCCUAAGAAAGGAGCAAGGGAAACAAGUGGAGUUCUUCCUGCUGAAGAACCUUUUUACCUUUGUUUUCUCAGUGAACUUUACAGCUUCUUAGAGUUGAGAAAAGCAUGAUUUAGGAACUCCCACAGCCAGAGUAGAGUAGGUGACCAGAGCAUCUGUAGUGCACUUGGAUAGUAUGAAUUUGCCCUUUUUUUGUACUGUGAAUUUUAUAGAAAGAUACACCAACGUGGUUCCAAGGAAAUAAAAGUGCAAUCACUGGAA